AUGGUUUGGGCUUGGGUUUGGAGCGUGGAGGAAAUUCGUCCAAGUUGCAAAACGGCUUCUCCACAGAUCAGCCCGCAGUCUGUAUACAGCAGGGGCGAAGGUACUACUCGUAUACAAGAUGAAGACGAAGUUGAAGCACAUACCGCCAUAGAGACCAGAGACUACACAGACGCGCCUUCCAGCUUGAUCACGGCAAAGCGCAGGAAGCGUGGGUCGGCAAGCACAGUGUGCAAAACAUGCCACAAGUUUGUGAUCAUGGCUCACUCGGCGGGUUUUCUCAACUCUGUAUCGUUCUACUCACUGCAUUCCUUAUCGAUUUCCAUCAACAUGAGUAAUGAGCUAUGCCCGCCAAUGCGGCUCACCACUUGUGAUCAUUCGGAACGCUCGUCUGUCGUGGAGCCAUUGUGGACGCAGCAACCCAACCGAGUAGAUCAACAAGACCAAGUCCUGGACUUUCCAAAGCCUUUACGCCAGCUGCUAGAACCACAUUUUGGCGAAAGAUACAGGCUGAUUGACAGAGGUUCCCCAUUCCUGUCCUCGUCUUCACACGUCUCGUCCGCAACGCCGAAAAAUUCUGUCAAUUCUCUCGUCGACCUUUUUGAGGCUAGAGAAAGGCUCGACAGAGCACCAAAUCGCCAUCUCCAGCGUGCGUCUGUCCAACCAUCAUCAUACCUGCGUGAACGAUAUUCUACUGCCCUCUCUUCGCAAAGACAGCCAUCGAGUGAAUAUCGUCCCCAGCCCUUCACUACGAGACCUCAUCUGCGAGGGAAACAGAUUCAACAGCUUGAAAAGGCUUUGACCAAAAGACUCACUGAUCAAUCCUUAGCCUCUCAGCCCUUGAUCUCCUCGAGUAGCCAGGCUUCAACCGUUCAACAGGCGAAAGCGAGCAAACCUCAGAUCAAGGUCCUAACUUCAGGCCAAUCAGUUUCCAUCAUCAUCCCAAGAGGUGUCCAGCUGCCCAUCAUUGCAACAAUCCAACCUGCUGGAUACGUUAACAGUCAAAUGUCAGAAGACACGCCUCACGUGAGAAGUGAGUCGAGCAAUUCUCCAACUCCUACGUCUAGUGCUGAACCUGGUCCUUCGCAAGACCAUCGCCGUGCUCGGAACUCUGAAUCAGCCACACCCCAAAGUGAAGGACAAGGAUUUCCUGUUGGCUUCGGCCUGCCCUUUUUGGCAAGGGUCAGGAAAGGUCGCCUUAACGUCUCCGAGGCAUCAGUGCCAGCUCCUACAAGCUCCGACAUCUCAGCAACUGGAGAAGUCUUCACUCCAGCCCAUCAUCACCCGAGCGAGUGGGAAGGCAAGAUAUACCAGAGAACUCAGACUUUCGAAGAAAUAGCUGCCGACAGAGCCACCAGUGUGCCUGAAACACCACAGGAAGCAUACGCUCAGCAGAGCAAAACUGCAGAUAACUAUUCGGGUGAGGACAUUUUGGAGAACAAAACCGCCGAACAAUCAGGGUCAGAUUUGGCCCAGCACGACCAGAGCUCCACCAGUCAGCCGAACCCCAACGUCUUUGGGGAGAUCUUAGAGCGGAUACCAGUGAUCAGAAUCCAGAGACCAAGCACUCCAACAAUGGCAGCCUCUCUAGGAACUUCAGUGGUGUCGCGGGUCGCAGGUGCUACCAGUGUGGUGCCAGCUGCAGCCACUCCUAGCCUCCCCAUAGACGCAGGAUCUGCAACCAGCGCAUUGCCUGUAGGAGCACUGACUUCUACACUGCUUACCCCACCACCUGUGCCUGGGCUAUCAGGUGGGGGCAAGAAGGCCAAGCUUCAGAAGCUGACCGCAAAAAUCAGAAAGCAAGUCGUCAGAAAAAGACUCCUGGCGCUCCUUCUUGGCCGCGAGGUAGCAAAUUUGGUUCAUCCUCUGCUCUCUCAGAUUGGCAACACAGCUGGUGCCGUUCCGCUGUAG